GUACGAGAAGCAUCAUCAGCUCAGCUACACAAGCGAGGCGUUGGAAGCUUCCGUGAAGCUCUCCUGCCAGUUUAUUGCGGACCGCUACCUUCCAGACAAGGCCAUUGACGUCAUGGACGAAGCCGGCUCCAAGGUCCGGCAGCAGCUCUUCCAAGCGGUGGAGGAGACGCAGAAUGCGGCCGAGCAGUGGGCAGCAGGAAGAGAGCUGGAGGAGGUCACGGCCCAAAAGGCCCGGGCGGCCCGCGAGGAACGCUUCGAGGAGGCUGCGGAGCUGAAGCGCAAGGAGAAGGAGUUGGCCGAGCGUCUUGCAAGGCUGCAAGCUUCGGCGGAAAGUGCAGACCCGCAGGGCCUCGUGAAGGAACUCCAAAGCCUCGGAGCGAAGAUCCGCGAGGCUGUGACGGCCGAGCGCUUCGUGGAGGCCCAGGAGCUGAAGGCAAGGGAGAUGCAGGUGGCCGAGCUUUUGCAGCAGAGCGGCGUCCCCAGCGAGGCCACCCUCGUUCGGCAGGUGACAGCCGAGGACGUGGCGCAGGUGGUAUCCAGCUGGACGGGCAUUGCAGUGGAACAGGUGAGUGCCAGCGAGUCGUCCAGACUCCUCCAUUUGGAGAAGGAACUCCACGAGACCAUCAUUGGACAGGACGAGGCCGUGCGCAGCGUCUCCCGUGCCCUCCGCCGGGCGCGCGCGGGCCUGCGGAACCCGCAGAGGCCCAUGGCCGGGUUUUGCUUCUGCGGGCCCACCGGGGUGGGCAAGACUGCGCUUUGCAAGACCCUGGCCUCGACCUUCUUUGGCUCGGAGGAGACCAUGAUCCGCCUGGACAUGAGCGAGUUCAUGGAGAAGCAUACCGUGGGGGAGCCCAGGGAUUCCUCGACUCGCUCCCGGGCUCUGGUUCCGCCCUUCUCUGCCGGAGGUCUGAGCAAUGCACUCUCUUUGCGCAUGGCUCCAUGCUGCAGUAUACCAGACGCCAUGGACGCGGCGGAUGGGAAGAUCGGCGGUGGCGCCUCACCGGAGGAAGCCGAGUUCCGGGAGUUUACAGCCACUCUAUGGUCCCGCGGUCUCGCCCGUAGCUGCUGCGACCUCUUCCCAUCGACCUUCCGAAGCAACGACAGAGGUCUCGAAGUUGCGGUCUUCGACUGGUCGUCGCUGGAUCUUGCGCACCAUGCAUCACUGAUCGUGUACGUGCCGUCCAUGGAUUUGAUCCAAUUCCUCCCACGCUUGGCGGCAUCUUCCCCAGAAACGCGCAUCACCUUGGUCACGGGACAGGAGGAUGUGGGAGUACCAUGCGAGCUCUUCGGAGUUCCCAGGCGUCGUCCAGAGUUCUUUGCGGUGCACCCCGACGCGCCCUCGCACCAGGCUCGGAGCUGGGCGUUGUCCUGGGGGAACUUGUCGAGAUUCCUCGGUGAUCCGCGGCUCCUCCGUUGGUUUGCACAGAACUACGAUGCCUCCGACUGUCUUGCAGGAGAGACGCUGCGGAAGCUGGCGCCCUUGCCCUUGGGUCUGGAUUUCCACACCGCCUCGGAAAAGGCUCUGCACAUGAGCGUGCGCCAGCAGCAACGGCAGCUUGAGCUCUCACGAGAGGAAGCAUUGCCUUUUGCCGAGAGGUCAUCGCAUGUGCUGCUGCCAGUGGACUGCGCGGCCGUGUCCUGGUGGCAGCCGCCUCUCCGGACCGGGAGGUGCGUCGACCGGCGCUGCGCCUGCGAGGCGCUGAAGGGCAACUGGACCCAGGUGCCUUGGAGAUCCUACCUCCGGGCCCUGGGCCGGCAUGCCUUCGUCGCGGCGCCCCUGGGCCACGGCCUGGACUCGCACCGAGUCUGGGAGGUGCUGCUGAUGGGAAGUGUGCCAGUGGUCAUCGCAUCAAGCUUGGAUGGAUUGUACGCAGAGUUUCCGGUCGUGAUCGUGCAGUCCUGGUGGGAUGUGCCUUUGAAUGCCUUUUCCUGGAAGAAGCAGAUCUCGCAGAAAUGGGGGGCUCAGCCGUUCUCUCCGAGGGUGCUACAGCGGCUCACUAGCGGUUAUUGGGCCGGCUUGAUCCGCGGCUGGCACGAAGCCAUGCAGGAUUUCAAAGGCGGAGCAAUGAGUUCGCCAUGCAAGCUUGGUCAGACCUCUUGCGAUAUCUUUCCGCAGCGUACUGCCGUGCGCAGUGCCGCCAGAGUUGGCUACAGCGACGGGGGAGCCCUCACCGAGGCGGUGAGGAGGCGACCAUACUCCCUGGUGCUCUUCGACGAGGUGGAGAAGGCCCACCCGGAUGUCUUCAACAUCCUUCUGCAGCUCCUUGAUGACGGCAGGCUGACGGACUCCAGAGGCCGCGUCGUCUCCUUCGCCAACACCCUCGUGGUGAUGACCUCCAACAUCGGAAGCCGCUCUGUGCAGAAGUCCGCAGCAGGUGGCCUGGGCUUGGGCUUCGGCGUGGGGGAGGAUGUGGAGGAGGACAAGUACAGCAAGGUCAAGGAGCUCGUCCACGAGGAGAUGAAGAGCUUCUUCAGACCGGAGUUCUUGAACAGGCUCGAUGAGGUCAUCGUCUUCCGACCUCUGAAGGAAGAUGAUGUCAGGGCCAUCGCAGAGGUGGAGUUCAAGAAGGUGAUGGCCAGGCUUGCCGACAAGGACCUGGAAGUCACACUCUCCCCGAGCUUCAAGGAGCAAGUGCUGAAGGAAGGCUACGACCCGGCCUACGGGGCGAGGCCGCUGCGCCGGGCCAUCACACGCAUGCUCGAGGACACGCUGGCCGAGCAUCUCCUGCAAAAUGCAGCCGAGUCUCGGAAGGAGAAGCGUGCCGUGCGGCUGAGCGCGUCGGAGACGGGCGAGGUGCAGGUGGACGUUCUGAGCCGGCUCUCCGACAGCUCCGAUACGUCCGAUGCCCAGUCCUGGAAGAAGCCACGGCGAGCAGCUGAAUGCCUUGUUUUCAUUGUGCAGUUGAAGGCACGUGCCUUCGCUGGUCUGCUACUGAGCCCAGAUCAGGCCGUGCUGAGUUUCAUUCGUUCCAUUUCAGCGCCUCCAAGCCGUAGAAAAGCCCUGGAAUCUAGGACAGGCUCCCAGUCCCUGUGUGCUCUCUAUUUGUAG